AUUUUAUAAAAAACAAAGUUUGGUUUUAGUUGUAAACAUGUCUGUUGUGCAUAGAUUUGUGGUAUUUUUUGUUGCCCUUGUUUUUCUAGCCGUCACUUUACCCGGUUACUUUCCUUUUAAUCUGGGAUUUAUUCAAUGGAUAAUAGGCUUAAUUCAAAGCCUAGUGUUUGGUAUAGUAUUGGCCGCAAUCGCCGCUAUUGUGUACCCCUAUUGGAGACCAGCGCCGGUCAAAAAGCCUGAGCUCCGGGACAAGUGGUUUGGCAAAAGUGAAUGGAAAGAUGGACAGCCAUUACCGACCGAAUCGACAGAAAUACUUGACUUUGAGGUACAGGUGCCGGAAGAGACCCUAACAGACCUGAAGCAACGGCUAGAGAGCAGCCGUUAUGUGGACUCAAUCGUCGGCACAAACUUUAACUACGGCUUUAACGGCCAGUUUCUAAGGGAAGUGUGCGACUACUGGCGCACUGACUUUGAUUGGCGCCGACAGGAACAGCACCUGAACUCAUUAAAACAGUACACCACACAAAUCGCCGGCCUAUCCGUUCACUUCAUACAUGUUAAGCCAAGCAAACCGGCCAAAAAGAUUGUGCCCAUUCUGGUCAUACAUGGGUGGCCCGGCUCUGUAUGGGAGUACUAUAAGGCUAUACCCCUAUUGGUGGAGCCCAAAGACGGUGUGGCAUUUGAAGUGAUUUGUCCAUCAAUUCCCGGCUAUGGUUUCUCUGAGGCGCCCCAUAAACCAGGGUUUGGCGUACCUGACGCAGCCAGGGUGUUUGUAAAACUCAUGGACCGUUUAGGACAUAAACGUUUUUUCGUACAUGGUGGCGACUGGGGAUCAGUCAUAUCUAAGGCGAUUGCCAGAAAUUACCCUGAAAAUACUAUUGGCGUUCACUACACGAUGGGUACCAGCAUACUGUCACUCCGGGGUAAAGCACUCGGUAAAUACAUAGUGGGCGCGUUCGUACCAUCGCUAGUGUUGGACGACCCGGAGAGGGAGGCGCCACUCGUGUACCCCUUUUGGAAACACUUUUCAUUCCUGAUGCGUGAGUCGGGUUAUAUGCAUAUUCAGGCCACCAAACCGGACACUGUGGGCGCCUCCCUGUUGAACAGUCCCGCGGGUUUGGCCGCCUGGAUAUUGGAGAAGUAUUCCACCUGGACCAAUCCAGAUAAUGUGAACAAACCCGAUGGUGGUUUAAAAGAUACAUGGACACUCGAUGAGUUGCUAACCCAGAUUAUGAUUUACUGGGUCUCGGGAAAUGUCACGUCGAGUCUCAGGUUUUACAAAGAGUCUAUGGGCGGCACAGGAGGUGCUGCGCCGAUUACAGUGCCGGCAGGUGUGGCCGACUUUCCCCAUGAACUGGCCCGGUCGCCCAAGUCGUGGGCCAGAAAUGAAAAUACGGACCUUGUUCGGUUCACCACAAUGCCCAGAGGGGGACAUUUUGGCCAGUUUGAAGAGCCCGAGUUGAUUACCACCGAGAUCAGGGCGUUUGUUAAGGCUGUGCUCAAUCAUGGACAGCCAUUACCGACUGAAUCCACAGAAAUACGUGACUUUGAGGUACAGGUGCCGGAAGAGACCCUAACAGACCUGAGGCAACGGCUAGAGAGCACUCGUUAUGUGGACUCAAUUGUCGGCACAAACUUUAAUUACGGCUUUAACGGUCAGUUUCUACGGGAAGUGUGCGACUACUGGCGCACAGACUUUGAUUGGCGCCGACAGGAACAGCACCUGAACUCAUUGAAACAGUACACCACACAAAUUGCCGGCCUAUCCGUUCACUUCAUACAUGUUAAGCCUAGUAAACCGGCCAAAAAGAUUGUACCCAUUCUGGUCAUACAUGGUUGGCCCGGCUCUGUGUGGGAGUACUAUAAGGCAAUCCCCUUAUUGCUGGAGCCCAAAGAUGGUGUGGCAUUUGAAGUGAUCUGUCCAUCAAUUCCGGGUUAUGGGUUCUCUGAGGCGCCACAUAAACCAGGGUUUGCAGUACCUGACGCAGCCAGGGUGUUUGUAAAACUCAUGGAUCGUUUAGGCCAUAAGCGUUUUUUUUUGUACACGGUGGCGACUGGGGGUCAUACUAUUGGCGUUUACACCACGAUGGGCACCAGCAUACUGUCACUGCGGGGUAUAGCACUCGGUAAAUACAUAGUGGGCGCGUUUGCACCCUCGUUAGUUUUAAACAAAGCGGAAAGGGAGGCGCCGUUUGUGUACCCCUUUUGGAAACAUUUUUCAUUCAUAAUGCGAGAAUCGGGUUAUUUUCACAUUCAGGCCACCAAACCGGACACUGUGGGCGCCUCCCUAUUGAACAGUCCCGCGGGUUUGGCCGCCUGGAUACUGAACUUAUAUUCCACCUGGACCAAUGCCGAUAAUGUGAACAAGUCCGAUGGUGGUUUAAAAGAUACCUGGACACUGGAUGAGUUAUUAACCCAGAUUAUGAUCUACUGGGUGUCUGGAAAUGUCACGUCGAGUCUCAGGUUUUACAAAGAGAGUAUGGGCAGCACAGAAGGUUCUGGGCCGAUUACAGUACCGGCAGGUGUGGCCGACUUUCCCCAUGAGUUGAUCCGAUCGCCCAAGUCAUUGACCAGUAAUGUAUAA